GCUGUUGGGGGCACUAAGCAAACAAGCAACAGUUUCUGGCCCUGGUCUGAGGCAUUCCCAAUGGCAGUGGGGAACCCAUCUGGGUGGCUGGCACUGAACUUCCUGCUCUUGGCUGUGGUGGUGUCUUUCUUGGGCUCAGCCCUAUCCAUAGAUGAACCACGGACCCAUAUGCUGAGGAAGGAGUCAAUGAUGCGGCUGGGUGGGCAGCUGGUGCUGGACACCCAGGAGGAGAAGGUCAAUGAGAAGCUCAUGACCAUCAAAAGAGAAGAGAUGACUGAGGCCAUGAAGACCCUCGUGUUCCCACCCAGCAUGCACUUCUUCCAGGCCAAGCACCUCAUUGAGAAAAGUCGGGUGUUUAAUAUCCUGAGGAAAAUGCCAAAAGGGGCUGCCUUACACCUCCAUGACUUUAGCAUUGUGAGCAUGGACUGGCUGGUGAAGAAUGUCACCUACAGGCCCCACUGCCACAUCUGUUUCACUACAAGGGACACCGUGCAGUUCAAAUUUGCUGACCGGACUCCCACCACCCUGAAGUCAGAAGAAUGUUCAAAGUGGAUUUUGCUGGAGGAUGUUCGUAAGCGGACAAAGAAUGUCACUGAGUUUGACGACAGCCUGCUGAGGCAUUUCACCCUGGUGACCAAGGACCCCGAGGUGACGUAUACAGACCAAAAUGUCGUCUGGUCAAGGUUUGAAAACAUCUUCUCCACCAUCUCUGGCCUUGUCCAUUACGCACCAGUGUACAGAGACUACAUUUUCCGGAGCCUGGAGGAGUUCUAUGAGGACAACGUGUUCUACAUGGAGAUCAGGGCCAUGCUGUUCCCGGUGUAUGAGCUGAACGGGGAGAUCCACGACAAGGAGUGGGCAGUGAAGACUUACAAGGAAGUGGUUGACAUGUUUGUGAAAACUCACCCAGAGUUUAUUGGAAUCAAAAUCAUUUAUACGGAUCACAGAUCCAAAGAUGUGUCUCUCAUCACAGAAUCUGUCCACAAAGCCAUGGAUCUUCGAGCCAAGUUCCCCAGGAUGGUGGCAGGGUUUGAUCUGGUGGGGCACGAGGACACUGGCCACACCCUCUUUGAGUUAAGGGAGGCUCUGAUGAUCCCUGUCAAGCAUGGUUUCAAACUACCCUACUUCUUCCAUGCGGGGGAGACGGACUGGCAGGGUACUUCCAUAGACAGAAACCUUCUGGAUGCCAUAAUACUGAACACUACCAGAAUCGGCCAUGGAUUUACUUUGAGCAAACACCCAGCAGUUAUGGCUUACUCCUUGAGAAAAGACAUCCCCAUAGAAGUCUGUCCCAUCUCCAACCAGGUCCUGAAAUUGGUAUCUGACUUGAGAAACCACCCUGUAUCCACCCUGAUGGCCAUCGGGCAACCCAUGGUAAUCAGCUCUGAUGAUCCAGCUGUCUUUGGUGCAAAAGGAUUGUCUUAUGAUUUCUACGAGGCCUUCAUGGGCAUUGGGGGGAUGAGUGCCGACUUGAGGACCCUCAAACAGCUGGCCAUGAACUCCAUCAGGUACAGCUUUCUGUCAGAGCCUGAGAAAAAGAUUUUCAUGACAACUUGGGAGAAGAGAUGGAAAAAGUUCAUAGCUGACAUGGCUACAAAGUGAGGAUAAGACAGCCACCCCCACACACGGUCUCCACUUCCUCUCCUUGGUCUUGACUCCACCUCUGUGUCCCUGGUGCAUCAGCAGCCCCCCUGUUGACUGACCCAUCAGAAACUC